AUGAUGUUGACUGAUCAACUACUGGCCGAAUUGAAAGAACAUCCGUAUGUGUACUUACUCUAUUUGACGGUUGUUCUCGUCGUCACCAAGGCUCUUUUCAACAGAUAUGGCCAUGGCAUCAGCCGCAUACCGGGUCCAUUCCUGGCAUCUUGCACAGAUUUAUGGCGCGUGUUCGUCGUAUGGCGGAGACGGCCUGAAUUGGAGCACAUCAAACUUCAUCAACGACAUGGACCACUAGUUCGACUUGGUCCGCGAGCAGUAUCGGUUUCGGACCCAGCGGCCAUUCAGAUCAUUUACGCCCUGAAUUCUGGGUUCACAAAAUCCGAAUUCUACCCUGUCCAACAGACGAUCGCCAAGGGUCGACGAUUGCUGACUCUCUUUACUUCGACCGAUGAAAAGUUCCACGCCAAACUGAGACGAGCCGUCAACAAUGCAUACGCCAUGAGCACGCUGGUGCAAUUUGAGCCUCUCGUUGAUUCAACUGUGCUGGAGUUUUUGAAUCAAUUGGAGAAGAGGUUCGCCGAUCGAGCUGGCCCUGACGGAGUUUGUGACUUUAGCAAGUGGCUGCAAUACUACGCGUUCGAUGUGAUAGGUGAGCUUACCUAUUCGAAACGCUUGGGAUUCAUCGAGAGAGGGGGGGAUGUCGACAACAUCAUCAAGGAUUUACAAUGGCUGCUCAAUUACGCAGCAGUGGUCGGUCAACUUCCCAUUCUGGAUAGGCUAUUUCUCAAAAACCCUCUUCGCCUGACGGCGAGCAAAUACAAUCUGCUGAACUCGAACUCACCUGUGGUCAACUUUGCCAGGAGCCGAAUCGCGGCGCGACCGGACGUGGCCGAGGGGAAAGAGAAAAUCCCCACGGGGCCUGACGGCAAGCCGGGACGGAGGGAUUUCCUGUCAAGAUUCUACGAAGCCCAUCGCAAAGACCCCGAGUUCAUGACGCACGACCGGGUGCUGGCGGUGACGGUGGCCAACAUGUUCGCCGGGUCCGACACGACGGCCAUCACCCUCCGUGCCAUUCUCUACAACCUCCUGAGAAACCCGGGCGACAUGAAGAAGCUGACGGAGGAACUGAAAGAAGUGCCCGCCAGCGAGGAAGGGUUGUUGGCCUGGAACGACGUGCGAGACCUGCCGUACCUCAACGCCGUCAUCAAGGAGACCCUCCGGUGUCACCCAGCGGCAGGCCUGACGUUGGAGCGGAUCGUGCCCGCCGGCGGGGUGACCAUCUGCGGCGAGUUCAUCCCCGCCGGGACCAUCGUGGGCUGUAACGCUUGGACGGUACACCGAGACUCGCUUUUCGGGGAACAGACCGAGCUGUACCGCCCUCGACGGUGGAUCGACGCGUCGGCCGAGCAGAAACGAGUCAUGGACAAUACGAUUUUCACAUUCGGUGCAGGGUCCCGAACUUGCAUCGGGAAGAACAUUAGCUUGUUGGAGAUGUACAAAUUGGUGCCGGCACUUUUGCUCAGAUUCGAGCUCGAACUCGCGGACCCUUCCAAACCCUGGAAGCUCCACAAUGCAUGGUUCGUCAAGCAAGAGGAUUUCAAGGUGCGAUUGAGGAGCAGGAAGAAGAGUCUAUCGUGA